AUGGUGAGUUUGCACAUGGAUCGGGUCAUAUUUGAUCCAAUGAAGGCUAAAAGUCCUCGUUUGGUAUACGAUAUGGGACCCAAUGACUACGUCAAAUUCCUAUGUGGGCAAGGUUAUAGCCUUAAGAACCCGACAUUUAUUACUGGAGAUAACAUCACUUGCACUCAACGUAACAACGUAUCCACUUACACCGCAGUCACAGUGGCAACAAUUGGACUAAGUAUUAAUAUUUUGCAGUCCGUUCUGUCGUUCAAAUCUAUUGGGCAGAAGCAAACAUUUGUGGUGACUGUUAAUGCAGCAUUAACUUCGAGCAGGCUGCCUGUUGUUUUGGUAUGGAAUGAUGGAAUGUUUCAAGAGAGGAGUCCCGUUGUUGCCUAUGCUACCCAAAAUUUCAAGUGUUAUCUUAAUGUUUAUCGAUGA